ACUAUAUAUUUUACUUCUAAUCACCAUGACUACAUGAGACUGUUAUCAUUUUCAUCACACACACAUAGCAAGCUUGAUAGACGAAUUGUUUCACACAAAAUAUCAAGUAAUAUCGGUCAAAAGUUUAAUCCAAAUUUCUAAUUACUUAGCAGUAACAAAUCUGAAUGGUUGCAAAAAUGGACCCGAACUGCGAUGUGGACGCCGAAGAUGCCGAGUCCAAGUUUCGAAAAACUCUCCGCCAAAUUAUUACUUUGGCACCAAAAAUCAAAUGUCCUCAUGAACAACAAAUAAUGCACGAAUGGAUAGACAGACUGAUGCAGCCUCCCUGUUCGGAAGAGGAUGUCGAGAGAAGGAUGGAAUAUUCUCGCUACAUGGUCUAUCAGCUGAAGCGAGGAAAACUCCAUACUCCUUUCUUGGAGUCACCCUGCCAGGGAGAGCUAAAGCCUUUAGAUGAAAUGCUGGUGUCACCAGACCUAUCAGCGGGCCUCACCGACGAGCCCUGUUGCCCCGAGCUAUGCUGCCCGCCCGAAAAGGGCAAGAAGGGGGCAAAAAAGGGGCCAGCUGAAGGGGGCGAAGGGCAAGAUAGGGCCUCCCAGCAGUCUGGGGGCAAACGGCUUUCACUGGCACAGCAGAGACGGAGAACGUCGUUGAGUGCCUCUGUCGCCAAAGGAGCAUCAGCCGACGAUGGCUGUAAAGUGGACCCGAUGGAGGAGAAUCGCAAGCGAGUGAUGGCCAUCAUGGAUUGUCUCAACUUCGACGAACUCACUCUGGAGGCAUUUGUCACUCAAAUUUCGCCGCACACCCUCGAUAAGGGAAAGACUCUCAUGGAGGUAGUAACCCAGGAGCAGAUCGACUACAAGCAUCAGAUCGAGUGCAUCUACAGGGCGAAGGAGGAGAAGAUAAGCGCCGAACUGGCCCGGGAGCAGGCGGAGAUUCCUCACAAAUACGAGGUGGCCAGGCAGAAGAUGCUGAGCCGAGCUAUGGCUGGCUUGAACUACAUCAAGUCGGUCUGUCCCUCGUUCCAGUACGAAAAGUGGCAGGCUAAUGCUGACUAUCUGCGUGAUAUGUUCAAAGUGAAACAGCAAGAAGGCAAUAGCAAGAAGUCUGGCUCGGGCGCAGCUGAUAGCAUGGCAGAGUGGGAAAGAAAGAACCUUCAAAUGUUGCAUGAUGUCAAUUAUGAAGCUGAACGAUUAGAGGAAGCAAAUGCUGACAAAGAGAAACAAAUUCAAGAGCUGGUGGCGCAGCAAACUGCCCUUGAACAGGACUUCAGCUGCAAAAAGGCUCAACUCGCCAAGAAAGUGCAGGAUCUCGAGUCUGAGAAAUUCGGAUACUGUAUUGCGAAUGACGAACGUGACCGUAUGAUAGAGCAUCUACUGAGAACCCUGCAAACUCUUAAUGCAACCAAGGCUGAGAUGGACGACGAUCCAUGCUAAUUUCCAAAGAAAUCGAAAUAAUUAGAAAAAAAUACUCAAAAAUUUAUUGUACUGAUAUUCAAGAAUUUUCUACACUAAUUCAUCACAUAACUCUUUGGUUUUCAAAUUUUCAAAAUUAUAUCAGAUUCAUUAUCAAACAGAGUUUCAUUAAAAAAAUUCUGGUGUGGAGAUACUUUGUUGACAACUAACUUUCUUUUUAGUUUUGGUGCUGUUUUUAUUUGAAAUUCUGGAAUGGACAGCUCAAAAUCUACAGUGGGUGUGUUUAUUCAAAAUGUAUAUGCAAUGUGAGACAAUAAAUACAGCUUUGUAUUUUUGUAUGAUAUUUGUAAACAUGAAAUAAAAGGUACAUAUUGGUGCACUUUCUUUA